UAAUAGCUACUGAGUGUUUCGUUUGUGUACAACAUAGCUAGGGUUCAUCAUCUCCAGACUCCAGUUGGAAAUUGCUAUUUGCUACUGCUGCUGUUUUCUCCCCAUUUUCCCUGAUCCAGAUGGCCAUACAUAGGGAUAAAGAUAUGAUGAAACAACAAAUUAGGGCUUGGAAUGUGGGGAAUAAUAUGAUAUUUGGAUUUUUUAUUGCCUGCAUCGUUGGAAUUCUUAUCAAAUUUAAGUAUAAGCUUGAAUUCAAACCUGAAUCUACAGAAAGGUUCGUCAUACGACCCUUACCAUGGCCGUCUUCUCAUCCACCUCGAAACUGUUACUGGGCUACGUUGCAAGGAAGAAGGUCAGUCCUGGAAGAUCGAGUAACAUGUGAAACUAAUCUUAAGGUUCCUCUGUUUGGGCGCCAUGACGUGAGGAUGGGGGCGGUGGCAGUAUUUGAUGGUCAUUAUGGAAUUUCUGCUAGUGAGAUAGCCUCAAAGUUCUUGUUGCAGAGGUUUAUGCUUCACCUCAAUAACAGUAUUGAACAAUCUUCUGACUUGAAGGAAAUACUAAAAUCUUCUUUACUAGCAACCAUUAAUGAGACUGAUACAGAAUUCUCCAAGCUUGCUUCCAAACGACAUCUCAAGGCGGGAUCUACUGCAGUUGUUGCCCUCAUAUAUAACAAUCAUGUUUUAGUUGCAAAUGUUGGUGAUUCAAAGGCUUUUCUUUGCUCUCAGAAAAUAAUAUCUCACGAAGACGGUGCUGCUUCUUUGGCUGGUCUUCGCGCCAAGGAGUUGACUAGAGAUCAUAAUGCAUAUAGGUUAGACGAGAAGGCUAGGGUUGAAGCUUCUGGAGGUGUAUUUACAAUCAUCCAUAAUUAUGUUCCUCUCCUCAUGGGCCACUUUCCCAUGACACGAGCUAUUGGUGAUUUUCCUUUGAAAAGAUAUGGCAUCAUAGCUGAUCCAGAGGUGACUGAUUGGCUAUCUUUAACUUUAAAAGAUGAGUUUUUGGUGGUGGCAUCUGAUGGAAUAUUUGAAAGCUUAACUCCCCAGGCAGUCUGUGAUUUUCUAAAUGAAGUAGAGGACUAUUCAGAUCCAUCAUCAGUGGCUCACCAACUCAUUCAGAAAGCAUAUUUAGAAGGCAGCAACGAUGAUUUAUCAGUCGUUUUUGUUCCAUUUGGAUCAAAAGUUGGUAUUUACUGAAAGAUCAAGAUGAGAAUUCUCAUCUUGUUGAAUAGUCGCGAUUUGGUGACGGGAUCGGAAUACAAGGCCUAGUAUACAGCGAUGUGUGAUUUGAUCGGAAUUUUUUUUGCUUUACGUCUCAGCUCACUCAUCAAAUGGGUGUGAUGGUAAGGAUUAAGGAACAUUAGAGUCUGGACAUUUUGGAUGGAAAUCGAGCACAAGUAACAGUGUCCAUAGAUUCAGUUUAGCAACUAAAGGAGUUGUUUGGUUUGGAUAAAGUUAUUAUUGCUUGUUUGAAUUAUGUUGAAAUUAGUGUCAUAUUCAAAAUUAUAUUCAUUGAAUAAUUUCUAAGAAUAAGUUGUUUGUUUA